UAUGCGCGAUCUUAAUAGUAUACUAUUUGUGGUUGUUUUUUUCUUGUAACUGUAUACCUAAAAUUAUUUGAUAAAUUCAUGAACUCGCAAGUCCAAAGUCUAAUUUAGAUGUUUAGAUGGUGUAUUACACGCCUUAUCAUCAUAGAUUAAAUUGUAGUCCGCAGUACACCUUAACGUCAGCCAAUCGUAAACGAACAUUUAGGUUAAAAUACUACGUCAGUACUGACAAAUGUCGAUUACUGUUGACUAAUAGAUUUUUGUUUAUCGUCUGUUCAAUUAUUAUUUGCAAAUAUAAAAUUAUGGCAACUUUUAGUAGUCGAGCGAAUUCGAAGAAGAUGAAGUGGACGCUGGAUUUGGCACACAAAAGUAAACAAGAAAAAAAUGUAGAAAUAGCAUCUCCUCCUGGCUACACUCAUGUUGGAGCAUUUGUUCAUAACACUGAUCAUUCCAAAGAUACAAAUCCAAAUCAUAUUAUUAUUAAGAGAUCAUGGGAUUUGGCAUUAGGACCAUUGAAGCAAGUUCCCAUGAAUCUGUUUAUUAUGUACAUGGCAGGAAAUUCCAUUUCGAUUUUCCCUAUUAUGAUGGUGGGCAUGUUGAUAAUAAAGCCAGUUAAUGCUCUGUUUACACUUCAACAAAGUUUCAAAGCAAUUGAAGGAACAAACACCUUUGGACAAAAGUUUGUUUUCUUUAUGGGUCAAGUUGUUAAUAUAUUAUUAGCUUUGUAUAAAUGUCAAUCAAUGGGUCUUCUGCCAACCCAUGCAUCAGACUGGUUAGCAUUUGUUGAACCUCAAUCUAGAGUUGAACAUUCUGGAGGAGGCUUUUCUUACACCUAAAUGUCAUGCAAAAAUAUAAUAGACAAUUUAUGAUUAAUUAAGAGUAAAAUAAUUUCUGUGUCUGUAUUUAACAAAUUUUUAUUUCACAUAUCACCUACUUCAGAAAAUUUUAAUCUCACUUGAUACAUAUUGUAAAGUUAACAGUUAUAAUUAUUUAAGGAAGUAGUAAAUUUACAAUCUUAUAACUAUAUUCAAAA